AUGCCUCCAUUGCUACAAGCUGAAGAUCAGCAAAAGGCAGUAGCAAUGGGAGAGAAGCCCAGUACCACCACAAUAUCCACCAUAGCUGUGCGAGCCGAACCACAUACAACUAUUGUUCUGGCUAUGCUCAAGGUAAGUGCUAUUAUCUUAGAUUUUUUGAAAUUUUGAAAUUUUUAGUUCAUUUUAUCAUAAUUUUGAAGAUUUGGCCCUAUUUUGGGUCUUUAAAACAGUAUGCCAAUUUCGGCGGGAAAAUGUGGAUUUGAAAAUUUAUGUUUUCAAAUACGUUUUUCAAAUCUUUUAUGGUUUUUUUGCCCAUAAUAAUGAUUUUUUGUGGUUUUGAAACGGCUUUGACUACAGAAACAGAAUGCCAAUUUUGGCGGGAAUUCAAAAAUUUGAAACUUUUUUUUAUAAAAUUAGAUUUAAAAUUCAAAAAAAAUUAAUGUAAAAUACGCCAAUUUCAUCAAUCUAUUCACUGAAAGAUGAGGUUGUCAUUGUAAACUAAAAAUAUUGUCAAUAAUGACAUUUUUAGUCCGAAGGUGAUAUCCAUCUAAGAAUCGACGAAAUGAACCCUAGGCUACUUGAGAUCGGAGAGACUAUGGAAGAUGCGGAGACUCUAUUCGACUCUCAUACUGACUUGACUGCGAGACUGGCUGUAAGUUUGCUUUCAAAAUGAGUCAUGAUGACAGAUUUUAUGACACUUUUUUUAAAUUUUAAAAAUAGUUUUGGACAUGACAUUUUGCAGUGUUAAAAUGAAAAUUUUGAUAAAAAAUAAUUUCAUGCCAUUUUUAACGAAAAUGCGUCAUUAUAUUUUAUAUCAUCAUGACAUAUUUUAUGACAAUUUCACGUAAAAUUAAUUUAAAAUUUUAUUUUAUGGGCUUAAAUUUUCAUAAAUUUAAUUAAAAGACUCUAUUUUUGUGAUUUUUAAGCAAAACAUGUCAUUAUGACAUAUUUCAUGACACAUUUUUUGGAAUCGGGAAAAAAUUAAAAUAAGAUUUAAAUGACUUUAAAUUUCGAAAUUUAACAAAAAAGCAUUUUUUAUCUUUUUCAGACCAAAGAAAGUCAAGUGGAAGAGCUCCUGACCCGAGCCAACGAGCUAGCUCACGAACAAGAAGACCACAAUGUAUAUGUCUACGAAUCUAUGGCCGAAAGCCUGACUUUGGCUUGGAGAGAACUUAACAAACAGCUCGAGCUACGUGGCUACAUUCUAGAAGACGUUCUGAGGUUUCAUGAGGCUGCUAAACAACAUGAAAAGCUCGUGGCCAAGGUUCAUCAUUACCUGAAGAAGUUGAUUGAAGACGAAGAUGACCCGAAGACUAUUCAAACCGUCAAAAAUACUGUGGAUGGUAGGUUAUUGAUUUUUUGAGAAAUUUUAAUUUUAGGAGUGGGUAGGGGUGGAAUUAGGGGUAGGGGUAAAAUUCGGGGUCUGGGUGGGACAGGAGUAGGGGUAGCGGUAGGGGUAGGGGUAGGGGUAGGGGUAGGGGUAGGGGUAGGGGUAGUGGUAGUGGUAGGGGUACAUAAAAAAUUGAAAAAAAUUAAAUUUUUUGUUACGGUAGACACAAAAUUCCAUUUUUCAUUUCCAGAAAUCAUUCAAACAACCGUAGAAGCCAUUGGAGCAGGUACUGAAGUCAUAACCCAAAUUCGAGUGUUAGGGGCUUUGGCUGACAAUGAUAACAGGCUGAAUGAAGUUGUGGAUAGUUGUUUGAUUAUCGAGAAAAUCAUGUUGAAGUAAGUUUUUACAUUAGUUCUGUUUUGUCUUAAAAAUUUUUAUCCACCCCCAAAAAAUUUUUUUUUACCCCACCCAAAAAAAAAUUUUUAUAAAUUGAAGAAAAGUUGAAAUACCUUUCAAAAAUGCCAUCUUUUACAGAAUGUCAAACGAAUGGGAGUAUGUAGAAACAGUUUGGACAGAAGAGAAGCAGCGUCUUGAGGUAGACCAGGAACUAGAAGGUGUAGCUGAAGAAGAUCAAGGAACCUUAAAGAGAAAGAAGCCAGAAGAAGCACCGAAGAAAGUUAAUCAUGGGAAGCUGGGAGCUCAGUUGAAUGGAAUUGACACUUGGUUAUCAAACUCAAAGAAAAAAUUGAAAAGAGACCCCAAUUCGGCUAGCCAAAUCUUGGCUGAGGGAAAUGUAAGCCUAAUCCGCUGCCCCUACCCCUACCCCUAUUCCUACCCCUACCCCCACCCCUAUCCUUGGUACUACCCUAACCCUUGGUACUACCCCUAUCAUUGGUACUACCCAUACUCUUGGUAAUAUCUAUACCCUUGGUACUAUCUUUAAUACUACUCCUACCUUUUAUCUACUGUAACUUGUACCUCAUCCCUACCCUAAUCUUGCUAUAGAUUUGUCCCAGCUCCUACAAUCACCUUGCUCUUGAGUUCUGUUCUAGCCUUAACUUACUAUAUAUUACAGUACCCUAUCCUACGUAAUCUACACUUUCAGACCCAAAAAGACAAUUUGGCGAGAAUCGAAGAUAUUGUUCAAAAAAACAUUCCUCAAUCACCUUUGGCCACGAAAGUCGACUCACUUAAGAACAAUAUUCACAAGUUCUUGGACGAACUUCAAUCUGAAGGAAGAGCGAAAAGUCAGGUCGAGACUUUUCUGCAGAACGCUAAGAUGGUAAGACAAGUUGAAAAUGAUGGUGGGCUUAAGCUUAGUUUGUUCAGGCUUUGUUAGUUUUGCCUUAUUAUGCUCCGGGUUGCUUACUAGGCUAGGCUUAGGAGGUUUAGGCUUAGUAAGCUUAGGUUUAGUAGGCUUAGGCUUAGUAGGCUUAGGCUUAGUAGGCUUAGGCUUAGUAAGCUUAGGCUUAGUAGGCUUAAGCCAAGAACUUGCUUUAUUAGGCUUGAUGUUUUAUAAAAAAUCUAGCCAUUUCUAUAUUGUAGUAGGUCAACCCUGACUGUACUCGAAAAAAAUUGAAGUUUUAGGAAAUGACUGGCCGAAACGUAAAUUUACUGUCCAAAUUACCUUUUUCUAGUCCAAUAUCUACACUGUAACCCCAUGUUUUAGAUCCUAAACCAACUAGAUCAAAUGGAACGUGACCUCAAAGUGGCGUCAGCCGCCUUGGCCUCCGAACUCUCUCCGCUAGCCAAAAAUAAGACCAAAAAAGUUAUCGAUGAAGGUACUCAGAUCCUACGACAAGAGAACAAUCUCAUCGUUCGAGAAAUGCUGGAGAAGUUGAAUCAUCGACUUCGCGAGGUCGAGGAGCUGGCUAGCUAUCGAGUCAAUGUGAACCGCCGCUUGUCCGACAAACUGGUCGAACUGAACGACUGGCUGAAACGAGUGGCCGAACCAUUUUUGGCCGACAAUGGCCACAUCGGCUCGAAUGUUCAGAGUGCUAGCGAGUUCCUGAAUGCUCACAAAAAGUUCGAAACAUUGUUGGUGAACAAAGAACAAGAAGUGAAUUCGGUCGUUCAACAAGGAUUUGAGUUGAAUGAAGAUGGACAACAACAGAUCAAAGAGUUCCGACAAAGAUACGAGAUUUUGAAGAGCAAUUUGGACAAGAGGAUCGAAAUGGGAUUGGUUUUGCAGAAGGUAACAGUAAAAAAUUGAUUUUAGAAAAAAAUUUAAAAAAAGUACAGCCUUAAUUUCAAAAACUUUUUUUUGGAUUUUAGGAACAAAAAAUAAAAAAAAGUUUUAAAAAAGUCUGUUUUAGCCUAGGUAAGUCUAAUUUUACUAUUUUCGAUGAAAAAACUAACUUACAUUACCUUAUCUUCUGGGUCCCGCAACGAAAAAUGUUAUUUUGGCAUUAUGUUUUCUAAACUAAUUUUUUCGUAUUUUACCGGCCGAAAAAUAAAAAAAAACUGUUAAAGUUGCCUUAUCAAGUAAGAAAAAUAUGCUUUUUUUAGAUUUUUGGAUUUCUUAACUUAAAAUUUUGAUUUUUAUAUUAUAGUAGGUAACAAUAUUGUUUUAGGUCUUUUAGCGGUCGAUUUGCGAAUCAAGUCAUGAAAAAUUAUAAAAAAUACAGUAUGAUAAAUGUUUUAGUAAUCAAAAACACCCUUGUUGAUUCUAUUUUAUUGAUUUUUGAUAUAAAUUUUUAUGUUAUAGUAGACAUAGCUAGUGUUUCUGGUCUUAAAAUUCUCAAUUUACGAACAAAGCCUGAAUAUUCUUGAACAAUAUGAUAUUAAAAAGCAGUAUUAAGUUAUAAAACAUGUCCUCUAGCUUUAUUUCUCAUUUCCCGUUUCAAAUUUUCCUUUUAUAUUGUGAUAGACAUCAAUAUUGUUAUAGGUCUUCAAACUCAGCGACGACCUGGACCAAUCUUUCAAAACAUUGACGGACUCGUUAAAUGAUAAAGAUCUGUAUAAAAAUGAGUUGGCAUUCAAUGACUUGACUAAACAACUUCAAAAUGCUCAAGAAUCGUUGGCUCAGGAGAAACAUCAAGGUAAUUUUUGGGGUUCUGCCCUUUUUUUGUUUUUCUUUGAAUUUUUAGGUAAUAACGAGGUUGGAUUGAUGUAAAAUACUGGUUGAUUUCUGAUUACUGGGGUUCAUUACAAUUUUUGCCUUUAGAAUUUUAAGGUUUAUUAGGUUUAAAAUGGCAGAAAUUACCUAUUUUUUGGUUUUUUUUAAAGUUUUUGGGUAACAACGGCUUAAUAUUUAUGUAAAAUACGUCUGUUUGAUGUGUUUUAUUAUAUGUUUUUCUAAUAAGAUUAUUUAGUUUCGGAAAAUUUAAUAGCUUAUCAGGUUUAAAACGACAGAUAUUACCUAUUUUUUCAGUUCAAAAGCUCUCAUCCAUUGCCAAAUCCUCCCAACCGACCGACUUAAACCUUCGUAGCCAAAAAGUGGAGGAAUCAUUGGCCACAAUUGUUGCUGAGCAUGAAAAAGUGUUCCAUGAGCUUCAAGAAGAGCUACGCAAUUGGCAGUUGAAGCGAGAUGCGCGCAAGGCAGCGAGCAAAACAGUUGAAGAGGUUCAGAUCUGGCAGGUUGAGACCAAUCAAUUGUUGGACAAUUUGGAAACAAAAGCUAAAAAUGCUAAACCAGCUGAAGAGGGCAAGGUUAAGACGGAACUUGGUCGGGUUGUUUCGAAUUUGCCAAUUCAAGAGCAACAGGAGAAGAUUAUUCAAGUACAACAACAUGUUCAACAAAGUGAAGGUAGGUCAUGUUGGAGUGGGCUAAAAAGUUCAUUCUUUGUCUUUUUAAAUGUAAAAUACGGGGUUUCAAUCAAUUUAUUUAAAAAGUUUAUUUUGCUAGUUUUGGACCAUACCUGUCACAUGAAACACAAUGCCGAAUUUUGGCGGGAAAAUUGAAAUUUGAAUUUUUUAAUUGUAAAAUACGGCCUCGCAACGCAGCGUUUUACGAUCUUGGGUUUACGUACUUUGUUAACAACAUUUUUUGCCAAAAACACUGGUUUUAUACCACAUAGACAUCAAUUAUAUUAUCCAUGACAAGUUAAUUCACUUAAAUUUGAUACAACUUUCAUUUUCUCAAAAACAUCACUACAAUAUGCAAAUUUUAAGUUAAUAUCACACACACAAUUAAGUUUAUCACGAUUUGGUUAGCACCACAAGGCAUUUCAGACGCGGAUUUGGGUCAGAAGUUGGAUUAUCUUCACCGUGACCAUCAACUUUUGAAGCGUCGUCUCUCGGACCUGGAGCAAUCCUCACGCAACUUCAGCGAGACUGUAGCCGAGGAAGAGACUACUGUGAUUACAAGGUUUCCAUCCAACUCCUCAAUUCCGCAAAUCCAACAUUCAUAUCAGAUUCCGAAGGGGCACGCUCCGAACCUACUACAAGGUCUUGAGAAUCUGGAGGUAACUGAAGGUGGACCGAUUGAAUUGAUGGUUAAGAUUGAUUCCGAACCUCCAUCGAGUGUGAAAUGGCUUAAGGAUGGUAGAGUGAUCAAGUCUUCGCCGGAUUAUCGACAGAACUUCGAUGGUGAAGUGGCUACAUUGAGGAUCGAUGAGGUGUUUCCUGAGGACUCGGCCAAUUACACUUUUAUUGCUGAGAACUUGCACGGUACUGCACAAAGUGUCGCACAAUUAGUGGUGAAAUGUAAGUGAAGGCACUGGUUCUUUGUUUUGCAUACUUUUCGUUUUUAACAUUUUUAGUUUAAAAAAUUUUUUUUUGAAAAUUCAUUUUUUAAGUGUGUAGGGUUGGGUACGUUAGAACGGGGGUAAUGUAGAGAAGGGGUAAGGUAGAGUAGUGGUAGAAUCGAUGAAACUUAUCAUAGGGUUUGGAUGUGGUCGGGGUAGUAUGAUAGGGUAGGAGUACGAUAGAGUAGGGGCACGGUUUGGUCGGGGUACGGUAGGGUAGGAGUAUAGUAGAGUACUGGCGCGGUAGGGUAGAAGUAUAUACUAGAGUACGGUAGAGCAAGAUUUUUAUAGGGUAGGAGUACGGUAUCGUAGUGGCACGGUAUGGUCGGGAUACGCUAGGGUAAAAGCAUAGUAGAGUACGAGAGAGUAGGAAUAUGAUACGGUAGCAAUACGAUGGGGGUAGGAGUACGGUAGAGUAGGGAUGCAGUAGAGUAGAAGUACCGGUAGGUAGAGGUCCCGAAAGGUUUUGAGGUACUGUUGCGAAAAGUACUGGAAUUACGGUAUACUUAGUGUAUUGUAGUAGAGUCUUAAUUACUUCCGUACUCUCACUGUAUCAUACGCCAACUCUAUCGUACUCUUUUUCUACUGCAGUUUUCUAUGUUACCGUACUUUCACUCUACCGUACCUUUUCUCUACUGCACCCUAACUUUAAUUUCACUGCUAUAUUCCUACUCUACUGUACUUUUGCUCUACUGUAUACUUUACCUUACUUUUGAUGUACCCUUAUUCUAACCUUUUUCUAAAACUUUAAAUUUUUAAAAUUAAAUUUUUUUUUUAAUUUAAAAAAUUUUCAGCAAGAUCAAAAAACGCGACGCCACUGGAAGACAAGCCUCGAUUUGUUCGCCAACUCCAGAAUGUGGACGUUCGUGAUGGAGCAACGGCCGUUCUCGAAUGUGUUUGCGUGGCGAAACCCGAACCUCAAGUCACAUGGUAUAAGGAAGAAACAGUGAUCAGAGAAUCCGAUCGGAUUCGAAUCGAUUACACUGGAGACAAGUGCGUUCUUCGGAUUCUGGGGGCUGGAAGCUCGGAUUCUGGGCUUUAUAAGGUAAAAUACGGAUUACAAAAUAUUUUUAUUUAAUUUUAAAAAAUUUAAAAAUUCAAAAAAAAAUUAAAUUUUAAAAAAAACUUUUUUAUUUUUAAAAUUUAAAAAAAUUUUCAGUUUUUAAAAGUUUUUAAAAUACGACAUAAUGCUAUAUUAAUGUACGCUACAGGUCGUAGCCAAGAACAUUCACGGCGAAUCGAUAAACUUUUGUCGCUUACAAAUCCAACCAGGCCAGGAACGCUCGAAUCUGCCGCCUUUUUUCGACCCACCCUUGAUGAAUAAGGUCGUAGCCGAAGGAGAGGGUAUUGUGUUGGAAGUGAAGGCGUUCGGAGAUCCCAUACCUAACAUCGAGUGGACUUUGAAUGAAAAACCAUUGACUGACAGCGAGAAUUUGAAGGUUAUCAAUGAAAAAGAUGGUUGGAGUCGGAUUAGAAUUGAAAGGUAGGGCUAUUGUAUAAGGUAGUGGUACGGUAGUACGGUAUAGGGCUUGGAGCGGGUUUUGAGUACGGGAGGGUAGUGGGUUGGAGAGGAGGGAUGGUAGGUGAAUAGGGAACGGGGGGGGAGAUGGUAAGGUGAAGAGGGUGGGUAGGAGUUGGCUUGGGGGGGAGGGGGGGGGGAACGGACUGGAAUGGAAGUUAUAUAGCUCUAAACACGAGCUAACGUACUAUAAUAUGAGUUAAAGUACUAUAAUUUUACCCGUAGUGCUAUAACUUUAUAACCUAUAGUACCACAGGAUGACUUAAUGUACCAUAGGAUCAUUAGUACUAUAUUACUACCUUUAAUACUAUAAUAUGAGUAUGCUGCUCUGACACUUCAUCUAGUACUAUAAUGCGAAAUACAGUACUAUAAUAUCAUAUAUAGUACUGCAAUUUGGUUUAUAGUACGAUGAAGUGAUCUGUGAUACUAUGGGCUGACCUAUGGUACUAUGGGGUCUAUAGUACUACAAUAUGACUUAGUAUGGCCUGUAGUACUUAAGCAUGACUUUAGUACUAAAGUUGGAAUUGUUGUACUAUUGUACAAUCUACAGGGCUCUAAAAUGAUUUAUGUUACUAUAGAGUAACAUGCCGUACUAUAUGAUAUAUAGUACUGUAAUAUAAGUGAUAGUACUGCAGUUUGAUUUAUAUGACUAUACGUAAAUAUAAAACUUGUAAAUUAAAAAAAAAUAUUUUUAAGUUUUUAAAAUUUUACAUUACAUACCUCCUAAGCUCUAAAAUUUCAGUGUAAAUCACGACAAUACCGGCCUUUAUUCAGUCCGAGCCAUAAACCCCUCAGGCGAAGCGAAAACAGCCGCUACUCUAAACCUAGUCCUUCAGCCCAAGCCCAGUCAAAUCAUCCAUUCACAACAAUCGACCAUAACUCGUCGAAGCUCAUCGCCACGCCAAGAACACUACAACCAAGAGAAGCAGGUCCUCAUUCAACAGCUCCAGAAAGUGCACCAAGACUACCAUUCCAAUUACUCCACCGAGCGCACCACUCCCAACCUACUACACAAGACUCAAAGUGCAUAUGAGAAUCGGUUCCCACCUCCAGAAGACUGUACUGACUUUGGAUUCAGCAGCUUGGCCAACGCUCCACAGUUUAUUCGACCGUUCCAAGACGAAUACACCGUGAAUGAGGGCGAAAAGAUUCAGCUGGACUGCCUGAUGGUGGGUAAUCCAAGGCCCAAGGUUCAGUGGUUCUUUAAUGAUCGACCCAUCAAGAGCAAUUGGCACUUUGCUGAGGUAAAAUACGGGGUUGCGCACAUACGUGAUAUUAUAUAUAAAUUACAAGUGAUUGUUUUUUGAAAAUGAUAUUAUAGUAGGGCAUGGCGAGUUGAAUAGGCGAAGGGUUUUGUAGCGUAGGGUAAAUUAUGGUUUGGUGAGUCAAGGGGUGGGUUUUGUAGGGUAGUGCGUGGCAGGUAUGAGGGUAGGUUAUAUAGAGUAGGACAUUGCAAGUACGGGGGAGGGGUUAUAUAGAGUAAGGCAUGGCCUGUACAGGGGUACUGUAAGCCACAUUAGGGUGUGAUAUCGUAGGUCUAGGUGAGGUGUAAUAAUAAUGUAAAAUACGAGAUUUUUUCCUUUAUUAAAAAUUUUUGUGAAAAUUCAAAUUUUGAAUAAAAAUGAAAUAUUGUUUUUAGUUCCCAAACAUUGGCGAUACCUACUACAUUUCUUUUGCUCCGGCAAAACUCGAAAACUCUGGUCUGUACCGUAUUGUUGCUGAAAACAUCAGAGGAAGAACAGAAUCGAGCACACUGAUUCACGUUCGGCCAAAAUCCAUGAUUCCACCCCCCUCGAGAAAGGUAAAAUACGGGCCGAGACAGUAUUUUGUCUUGUAACUUAAUCUACUAUAAUAUUUCAUCUCUUAGCAUACUUUGCUUAUUCUACUCUAGGCUCCUGCCGUACUCUAAGCCCUACCGUACUUGUAGGCCCUGCCGUACUUUCAACCUUGCCGUACCCUAGGCCCUGCCGUAAUCUAGGCGCUACUGUACUUAAGGCGCUACUUUAUUCAAGGUCUUACUGUACCCAAGGUCUUACCGUACUCUAGGUAUUACUGUAUUCUGACCCUACUAUACAUAAGGUCUUACUGUAUCCUAGGCGUUUUGAUAACGUGAGCCCUACCGCUUUAGGAUCUACUGUUAACUUAGCCUAUCUUUUCUAUCAUGACCUUCCGUAACCUACCAUAUCUUUUUUGUCAUGAAUUACUGUAACCUACCUUAUCAUUCUUUGUCUGUCUUACUUUAUUUUUCCACAGUAAAUCUUAUAUUAAAGUAACUUCUUCACCUUCAGACCCCUCAACGUUUCAUUCAAAAAGACUUUGGCGCAACAGACUACGCCGCUGCCUCUCCUACCUAUUUCUCCGACCGAGGAUCAACAACAUCACCAGCUCGACGCCUUAGUCAAUCAGCAUAUCAACCACGUGAUUUAGGACAAUACGAACGUUAUGUCCAAUCACAGAGUUUACAGUACUAUCAGGACGAUCAGUAUCAACAAAAUUUGAGUCGAAAUUCAAAUUUUGGGCCGAAUUUGAAUCAACCAUUGGCUGGCAUGGGUAAUAUGCCAGGUAAUACGGGCCAGAAUCAGAAUGUUGGUCAAAGCCCUAAUAUUACCCAAAAUUCAAGUUUUUAUCAAAAAACGAUCACUCAGAGGUAUUCAGAAGGCCCUCAAGGCUAUGGUGAUGGAUCUAGCUCAAGAACAAGUUAUGCUUAUGAUAGUAAGGAUGAUAUUAGGCCAUUUUUAGGCCAAAAAUCGACUCAAAACAGCAGUUUUGAGAAGUAUCAGGCAAGGCAGGAGCCGUUGGAUCAAUAUUUAGAUAGGGGAGGCUCAUAUCAAGGGGAAUAUCAAGCUAAAGGAGGCCCAUAUCAAGGUGGAUAUCAAGCUAAAACAGGCCCAUACCAAGGUGAAUAUCAAGCUUCUGGAGCUGUAUAUCAAGGUCAGAAUCCAGCAGAAGCUUCCGGCCAAGAUUUGUCAUAUUAUCCAUCUCAAGGAGGUCACCUAGAGCCCUACGAGUCUGAUGUCUACUCUCAAGAGCAAUAUCAACAGUACCGUCAAAGCAGUGUAGAACAGAAGGAUCUUCUACAUCGUCAGCCUUCUGAUCUACUGGGUGACUCUCAACGUUAUCAGGCUUUUGAUUCUCUUCAUCGUCAACCUUCAGAACCCCAACAACAAGCCCCACCUUUGCAACAUGACCUAAGCCGCGAUUCUCUUCAUCGUCAGCCGUCGGACAUUCAACCUCCACACUUUCUACACACGUUACAGUCGUAUGUAGCUACAAUCGGUGAAAAAGUUCAAUUUGAUGCCAUCGUGACAGCGAAUCCACUACCGAUCAUCGAAUGGACCAAAGACGAUCAUCUGAUAGAUGAAAGAACCCACCCGAACUUGCAGUUCGUUCACAACGGAAAUCACGUCGCUUUGAUCGUUAAUAAUGCUCAAGUUGAGGAUUGUGGAAAGUACAUGUGCACGGUGCGGAACGAACUGGGUGUAGCGACGAGUAGCGCUCAGUUCGUGGUUAGACGUAGGUUUUUGAAACAUUGUGAGUUGAUACCAUUUUUAUAAAGGUGAGGGGGGAACGAAAUGGGUGGUUUUGAUUUUGAUAAUAAAUGGUGCUUCUUUACUUGUUAGCACGUACUGUACUGUACUGUUUUGGGUAAAAAUUAGUUUUUAUGAAUUCGCGCGUACAUAAGUUGAACUAAACUACGGCCUGUUUUAUGCGAUACUUAAUAGUACUAUGUAUACUAUUUAGCACGUACUAUAAAAUACAGGUUUGGUUAAAAAUUACUUUUUUAUAAAUUUGAGCGUACAUAAUAUCAUAUUUUGCCAUUUCGCACGUACGUAAGUUUAUGUUUUCGUCGAUUCGCGCGUACAUACGUUCGAACUAAUGUACGGUUGAAUUGACAAAAUUUAAAAUUUUUGGACUGUAAUUGUAAAAAUUAAAUUAAAACGUUAAAAAAAUGAAAAUUAUAUUGUUAUAGCGAACACAAUAGCUCCAGAUUUCAUCCAGCGAUUAAUAAGCGAAGAAGUGGCCGAAAGAGACAUGCUCCGAUGGACAGUGGAGAUCACUGGAGACCCAGAGCCACAAGUUAUUUGGCUACGAAACGGCGAUCCAAUCCCAAAUUGUCCGGAAGUACAACUUUUGAAUGUGAGUUGAUUGGGUGUGGUAGAAAUUUAAUAAAUUGUCUUUGAGGGUGUGGUAAAUUUAAUAAUUUUAAAAAUUUCAGGAAGGCAACGGAGUCCACUCCCUAGUAAUCCCGUCGGUCGAACAAGCUGAUGGUGGUCAAUUCACCUGUAUCGCGGAAAACGUGGCCGGCGAAGCCCGCUCCACGGCCGACUUGGUGGUUCGACCGGUCGGUAGUGAGCCGGGCGCCUACUUUCACAUCACCAAAGUAACUCAAGAGAAACGAGUGAAUGGUGAAGAUGUGUCACACAACCAAACACUCUCCAUCGAAUCUCCGAAACAACACUAA